UGUAUUUUCAUUUAUACUUUUGUACAAUAAGCACCAAAUUCUUCAUAAAGACAUGCCGUAUUUAAAAAUAAUUUGUCUGUUCAAAAAUUGUAGGCAACAAUUUAAUAAAUAUCUCAAUUUUAAGAAACAUAUUUUUAGACAGCAUUCAACAGAUAAAAAACAAACAUGCAUAACUUAUUGUUGUAAAGAAAGAAAUUGCAAUGCUCAUUUUAACGAUAGAUUAAAUUUUAAUAAACAUUUAUAUAAACAUAUAAGACAAAGUAAAAUUGGGAUUUAUUGCGGAUAUCCAGCUUGUUCUACUAAUAAAAUUUUCAAAACAGUCAGCACUUAUACAGUACACAUAUGUAGACAUCAUCCAAGUGAUAAUUUUGAUAAGCAAUUUGUUACUAAUAAAGAAUUGAUAAAUUUUGAUACCAAUAAUUUUGAUACCAGUAAUUUUGAUACCAGUAAUAAUGACAAUCUUUUUUUGCAAAAGGAAAGUUUAAAUCAAUUUUUGUGUGAUGUGAACAAUAAUGAAAAAGCUAUAGCACAAUUAUAUUUAAAUUUGACUACAAAAUAUUUCCUAACAGAAUUUGCUCUACAAGCUGUAAUAGAUGAUAUGGAUGAGGAUGGCAGAUGUUUUGGAGACGGAUCUCAUUCAAUAUAUUUAAAACUUCGAGACCGAAAUUCUUAUUUAAAUAGACCACAUAUGAAAAGAUGUCUAAGUCAAAGUUUAAAUAUACCUCUAAAAAAACAAAAAAAAGUAUUAUCUGCUAAAGCUGGAUGUAAUAAUUGGCAGCCAGAAAAAUAUAUUGACACAGAAACAGAAGAGACAAUAGAGGACAAGGCUAAAUUUCUACGUCAAAUAGUUCACGAUGAUUCAUCAAGCGAUCCUAAGAUUCAACAUAAAAUUAAUUUGUAUCUUGAAGCUACAUAUCCGGCGCAAAGAUUGUUUCUUAAUGAUGUCUAUAAAACACCUACUAUUGAAGAUGUUAAAACUACAUGGCCAAUUCUUUAAAAAAAAAAAUAUAUGUUUUGGCAUUACGAGCAAUUAAUGGGACAUUCAGUAGAUCUUCUAAAGCAAGAAAUCUUAAAAAAACAAGACAAAAUACUUAUUU